UCCUGAGGGAUUUUCGUGCUGCGAGGAUGCUGGGAAAAACUCUAUUUCUGAUUCUCCCUUUGUUCAGCAUUGCUCUAUCAGAACUCUGCAGACCAGAUGCUCCUGGAGCCUUCAAAGUUCGCUUCAAUAUCAAAAAAGCUCUAGGGGAUAAAGCAUAUGCAUGGAAUACUGAUGAGGAGUUCCUCUUUAAGGCUGUGAUGGUAUUUGCCAUGCGAGCUCAUGUGGACGAUACAAUUCAGAUUUCAAAUGUUUUGAUCUGCAAUGUAACUCCAAGAGUGUCCUUCUGGUUUGUGGUUACAUCCCCUUCAAACGGCUCGGAACCUGUACAAAGCACAAAAGUCAAGAAUGCUAUCAGACUGGAAAGGAACCGGAUAAACAGCGCCUUUCUAUUAAAUGACAACACCCUGGAGUUCCUUGCUAUCCCCCCUACAUUCGCCCCUGUAUCUGAGCGAUCCAGCAAAUCAUGGAUGAUUGUAUUUGGGGUGAUUGUCGGCAUUCUUGGAGUUGCAAGCAUUUUUCUUGUAAUAUCAUCAAUCAAGAGUAAGAAGAGAAAGAGGGACCAUGCAGAAACGGAAGACCAUGGUGAAUGUGAAGACAGGAUACAAUCCGAAGAAACAAUUGAGAAUGGAAUCUGUUUUGACAAUGAAACAUUCUCUGAAAAGGACAAUGAGGCCGCUGAGAAUAUAACACGUUUUUGAAAAGACAUUUUUACUCCAUUGAAUGACUAGAGAGUAUCGCCCUACUGUCAUGGUCUUACCUCCUUGCUGUUCCCUUCGUUUGACAUGUGCUGGCGGCCAUCUUGGUUUCUGGGUUUUCUUGUAGCCUCCCACCCUGCGGCUCCUCCUUCCCACUGGGAGGAGCUGGA